AUGGAGGCAUCAAAUCGGAAACUCAAUCAUGAGAUUAAGAGAUCAGGAGAGUGGUUAAGCCAUGUGAAGAGUCUUCUUGAACCAGUUAGAAUACUUAAUUGGUGGCUUUGGCUUAGGAGUUCUGUUGGACGAGUGUGUUGUGCAGCUGGAGCAGUUCUAUUUGUGAUAUUAUUGCAUUUGCAAAUAGAGAUCCUCCCCGUGGAACUUAAUUACCGGGAUUAUGGUCAAGACAGAAGUUUUGGGCUAUCUAACAGCAUUGACUUUGAAGAACACAUAGGAAUAGAUUUACUACGUUCUUCCAAACUUCUUAACAACUGGGAUUUGGAUAAAAUAGAUGAAAUGAGUGCAAGCUGGACAGUGGACAAUACUCGUUGGUUGUUGACAAAGCUUCUGCCUUGGACAAGCAAUCCAGGAUUCAUUGUGUUCUGUUGUUUACUACAAGAAAAGCACAAAUUGCCGAGAGUUGGAUGGGAAGUUUGUGAUGCUUGUGCAGAAUUUGAUUUUCAAAAGUGCAACAUCUCCAAGUCAGAAGCUCAUGCUUAUGUAAACAGAGAUCUUCCUUAUGGAACAUGUUGGGAUCUUAUUGUAUACAAAGGGCUUCAACUGUCCGAAAGUAUCAUCUUUGGAGAUCACAUAGGAGUAGAUCGACUACGUUCUAACGAACUUAUUGAUUACCAGGAUUCAAAGAAAAUAUUGAGUUUGAGGACAAAGUGGACAGUUGAAGACACUUACUGGUUGCUGACAGAAGUUCUUCCUUAGAAAGGCAAUUUGGGAUUUAUUAAGUUUUGUUGUUUACUACUUGCAAAGUACAAUGAUUUGCCAGACGGUGCAUGGAAAGUUUGUCAUGAUUGCGAGGAAUUUGACUUUAGAACAUGCAACAUCUCUCAAUCAGUGGUGUUUUUUGUUGACUCAUCUUGCUCGUCUGUGGUCAUUGGUAUACAAGAUGUUGACAUACUCAUUCAUAUGAAGUACUUGACUGACACAGAUCAUGAUCAGAAGAUCUCGCCAUCUCAAGUUGUUCAUAAUGCAUCAAUUGUCUGCGUUGAUGAAAGCAUCACUGCUACUCUAAUUCUGAAUAUUGAUAAACAGUACAUUGAGGAAGAUGCAUUUCAAGGGAACACAGCUCGGCAACUGAAAGUUGACCGUUCUGAGGUACAGUUAGUUUCUUGGAAAAGAAAUAGCACAUGGAUGUUGCUACGUCUCUCAAUCAGAGCUGGAUUACGACUUGUGGAGACGUUUAG